AAUAUUUACUGAAAUAAAUAUAAAAAAAAGGGUUUUUCUAUUGUAAUGUACAGCACUGCUAUGUGCAAUGUUGCCAAACCGAACAGUAUUUUGGUCCGUAUUCAACAUUCCGCUGUUCGACCGAUAGAGGAACAGCGCUGUAGAUAGAUUGUUUGUCAAUAUAUUUGAGUUAGUUGAUUUUUACUGGCUUUUUAUGUGUAAUGUAAUCAUUUCACAAUGACCCAAAACAUAAAAAAAGUAUCUUGAUUGUAUAUGUGUCAGAGUAUUUAGUGCAUAUGUAUAGAAUAUACUGACAAUACUGUCAAAGAGAACGUCGUAUAUGUGCAAUAAUGAUACUUUUAUAUGCAAGUGAGGAAUUCCAUCUGUUUCAUUAAAGAAAAUAAUAUUUGGAAUGUUUGUUGUAUUAGCAGAAUUUAAACUUUGUUAAAUCAAUUCCUUUGAAUCAUACUUUAUCAUGGAUGUUUAAUAUGAAUACCAGUUUUCCAAUUAAUAAACUAAAAAUUUAUAAUAAAACAAAAAAGACAGAUAACCCUUAGUACAAAAAAAGUUCCAACAUUGGCACUUUUAGUUGGUAUGUCUAUAAAAUAAAUAAUACCUUACAUUAAGAAACAAAAAAUUGAAAUAAGUAUAUAUUUCUGUAAUUAAUUGAUUCAAUUGUUGGAAACAGUGUAUGUAUAAUUACAUACACAUAGGUACAAUUAUCUGUCAAGUAACAACAAGUAAUGAUACACUAUAGAAAAUGUAUACCAGAAUGACACAACAAAGAGAUAUAGGUGGUUUGUAUUGUAAAGAUGAAUACAUUCGACAAUUGUGUAUCCUGUUUAGUUGAUGCACAAAAUAUUGUCUUAGACAAUUGCAGAUUAUUUUUAUUCAAUAUCUUUGUUGUUGCUCUUUUGGAGCAUUCUGAUUGUCAUAAAGUAUUCAGUGUUCAUAAAAUCUCUUUUAAUGAGGCUGAAGGCACAUAUAGGAAGGCGAACUCUCUUUUGAGAAGGUACAGUGUUUUAAAACUGACUUUCAUGAACAAUGAACCAUUCGGGAAGUGGAAAACGUCAGGCGAAGGUUUUGGAAGAAAACUAUUGGGACUGUAGUGUCUGCACAUAUAGAAAUACCGCAGAAGCAUUUAAGUGCCUCAUGUGUGACGUCCGAAAAGGAACUUCUACGCGGAAACCCCGCAUAAAUCCCCAACUUGUGGCACAACAGGUUGCACAGCAACAAUAUGUACCACUUUUGAAACCAGGAAAGAAGGAGGGUGGAAGUGGAGGUAGUACAACGAGUAGUGGUAAAGAAAAAGACCGUAAAUUGGAUAAGCCACGACGCAAAAAUAGGCAUCCGCCUCGUCUUAAAAAUAUAGAUCGUAGUACGGCUCAAACCAAUGAAGUGACAGUAAAUAAUGUUACUGUCGUUAUUACAGAAUAUAAGCCCAAAGUAAAAAAAAGUUCAGAUCAGUCUGGUUUAUCUAGCAGUGCUUCUUCUGAAAAUGGAAGCCAACAUGAUUCUAAUCAAGAUUCUAGAAGUCUGGAUAUAGGAACGGAUGCUUAGCUCAAUGCUAUAUCACAUAUGUGUAUGAAUUAAUCUAAUUAAUAUAUUGCAUAAUGUAUGUCAAUCUCCAUGGACUGUGCUCCAUCCUGUAGACAAAAACAACCAUUUUGUCUAUAUGUUACAGGUUAUAUAAUAUUCAAUGAGGUCAGAUUGUUUUAUGCUAUCAGUGGAAUCAUUGAAUUAUGUCUUCAAUACAAUAUAAGAAGUAUGUCUUGCAUCAUUGUUUCA